AUGGCAGCUAGGGCCUCUCAAUCCCAUGACGAUUACACGGUCGGGUGGAUAUGCGCUUUACCUCUAGAGAUGGCAGCCGCAAAGCUCAUGCUGGAUGCAAUACACCCGAGCCUACCUCGCCAGCCGACCGAUCAAAAUACGUACAUUCUGGGAAAUAUCGGGGAUCACAACAUCGUCAUUGCCUGCUUGCCAAGUGGCGCAUAUGGCAAUGUAUCAGCUGCAACGGUAGCGAUGCAGUUGCUCUCGAGUUUCCAUUCCAUCCGGUUCGGUCUGAUGGUCGGUAUCGGUGGUGGUGUACCAAGCAGCAGCGCAGACAUUCGACUAGGCGAUAUUGUGGUGAGCCAGCCAGCGGACAUAUCUGGAGGCGUGAUCCAAUACGAUCUUGGUAAAGCGUUAAGCGGCGGUCGAUUUCAGCGAACAGGGAUGCUUAAUCGGCCACCUAAGGUUCUGCUGACUGCCCUCGCUACACUCCAAGCCCACCACUUCACAGAAGAUAGUCGAGUUCUUGAUUUUAUCUCUGACCUCCAAGGCAAAACGACUCCGCGAAGAGCUGCAAAUUUCACACGACCCACUCAAGAAGACCGUCUGUAUCAAGCAGAAUAUGACCAUGGAGCAUCUGAUACAUGUAUCGAUUGUGAUCAGUCCAAUCUGACUUCACGGUCGUCACGAGACCAUGACGAACCAGUGAUACACUAUGGACUGAUUGCCUCUGCAAAUCAGGUAGUGAAAGAUGGCAGGCGGCGAGAUCAGCUAGCUCAGGACUUAGGAGUGUACUGUGUGGAAAUGGAAGCGGCGGGGCUCAUGAAUGACUUUCCAUGUCUAGUCAUUCGGGGUAUUUGUGACUAUGCUGACUCACACAAAAAUAAGGCAUGGCAGGGAUAUGCGGCAGUGGUGGCAGCAGCCUAUGCUAAAGAGCUCGUCUUAGUGGUUCCGAUCGAUCAGGUUGAAACUACCCCAACAGCACGAGACACUCUAGCAGACUCUGACCUUACCUUAGUUCCUGUGAUUGAGAACUUCGUGGGCCGACAAGACGAGCUGGACAACUUGUGGCAGUAUUUACAACCGACAAAUUCGUCGUCACGGAAAGUUGCGAUUCUCCACGGGCUUGGCGGAAUGGGAAAGACGCAGCUAGCAAUCCGCUUCGCGCGAGAUCACAAAGAUAAUUUUACAGCUAUCUUUUGGCUGAGUGGCAAGGAUCGGGAUGCGCUCUUGCGAUCGUUGAGCUUUGCCUUGAAUCGAGUACCAGGACAGCUGGGGGAAAGCGGGGCGACCGAUGACAGAGAAGUGGAGCAACGAGCCAGGCAUAUGCUACGGUGGCUGGGGUUGGAGGGCAACUCGCGCUGGCUAAUCAUUUUUGACAACAUUGAUCAAUACUCUCCCUUGAACAGCACUGUUGGUAACGGAUAUGAUAUUGCAGAACUCUUCCCUGCAGCGGACCAUGGCUCCAUCCUCAUCACCUCUCGACUCCAAGGGUUGACUGAGCUAGGAGAGCCUUUCCCGGUCCGCAAACUUGACACUCAUCACACCAUUCGGCUACUGCUGCAAAGCAGCGGUCUGUCAGCCAAGAACACUACAAGAAAGCUUGAAGGCGACUCAGAUAUAUUUGCUCUUGCGAGUCGUCUGGAUGGAUUGCCUCUGGCAAUUAUCCUCGCUGGGGCUUUCAUGCGUGAGACUGGAACUAGUAUUACCGAGUACUUGAAGUUCUACCGCGAAACUUGGUCCGAGCUACAGUUGCAAUCAAGUCCUGGUCGUCAGUACCAGCAAGGUAACGUGCUACAAACAUGGAUGAUAUCAUACCUUGAAAUCAAAAAGCGGGACCGGAAUGCAGCAGCGCUGCUACUGCUACUUGCUCGCUUUGACAAUCGAGAUAUCUGGUAUGAGUUGGUAGAAAGUGGCAGCCAUUGCUCGGAUGUCCCAGUUUGGCUCGAAAGGGCCCUUUCAAGCGGCCUCGCGUUCAAAGUUGGUGUGAAGACUCUGAUCGGAUUCUCUCUUCUUGAGAGUAAGCAACAAGAAGGAAGCUAUGCGAUGCAUCCAGUGGUACAAGACUGGUGUCUCCACCUUGCUAGCACAGACGAAAAUGUGAAUUCGAUCCAGCUUAAUGAAUUGGCACUGAUAUCUGUUGGGUACACUGUGCCCAGUUCAAGUGAAAGGUAUUAUUCAGCGCUUCAGCAGAGGCUUAUACCACACGCCAAUUAUGUACGUUAUGGAGAUCUGUCAGGCGAAGAUGUUGCGUUAUGGGGCGCUUUUCACAGCCUAGGGAAUCUCUACUCUAAUCAGGGCAAGCUGAAAGAGGCAGAGGAGAUGUACCAGCGAGCAUUGGAAGGCUAUGAGAAGGCCCUCGGUCCAGAUCAUACGUCCACCCUCACGACAGUCAACAACCUUGGGAGUCUCUACAAUGAUCAGGGCAAGCUGAAUGAGGCAGAGGAGAUGUACCAGCGAGUAUUGGAAGGCUAUGAGAAGGCCCUCGGUCCAGAUCAUACGUCCACUCUCAGUACAGUCAACAACCUUGGCCUUCUCUACUCUAAUCAAGGGAAGCUGAACGAGGCAGAGGGGAUGUACCAGCGAGCAACGGCAGGCUAUGAGAAGGCCCUUGGUCUAGAUCAUACGUCCACCCUCAUGACAGUCAACAACCUUGGGAGUCUCUACACUGAUCAGGGCAAGCUGAAUGAGGCAGAGGAGAUGUACCAGCGAGUAUUGGAAGGCUAUGAGAAGGCCCUCGGUCCAGAUCAUACGUCCACUCUCAGUACAGUCAACAACCUUGGCCUUCUCUACUCUAAUCAAGGGAAGCUGAACGAGGCAGAGGGGAUGUACCAGCGAGCACUGGCAGGCUAUGAGAAGGCCCUCGGUCCAGAUCAUACGUCCACUCUCAGUACAGUCAACAACCUUGGGAGUCUCUACACUGAUCAGGGCAAGCUGAAUGAGGCAGAGGAGAUGUACCAGCGAGCAUUGGAAGGCUAUGAGAAGGCCCUCGGUCCAGAUCAUACGUCCACCCUCACGACAGUCAACAACCUUGGGAGUCUCUACAAUGAUCAGGGCAAGCUGAAUGAGGCAGAGGAGAUGUACCAGCGAGUAUUGGAAGGCUAUGAGAAGGCCCUCGGUCCAGAUCAUACGUCCACUCUCAGUACAGUCAACAACCUUGGCCUUCUCUACAAGAACCAGGGCAAGCUGAACGAGGCAGAGGGGAUGUACCAGCGAGCACUGGCAGGCAAGGAGAAGGCCCUUGGUCCAGAUCAUACGUCCACCCUCAUGACAGUCAACAACCUUGGUCUUCUCUACACUGAUCAGGGCAAGCUGAAUGAGGCAGAGGGGAUGUACCAGCGAGCACUGGCAGGCAAGGAGAAGGCCCUUGGUCCAGAUCAUACGUCCACUCUCAGUACAGUCAACAACCUUGGCCUUCUCUACAAGAACCAGGGCAAGCUGAACGAGGCAGAGGGGAUGUACCAGCGAGCACUGGCAGGCAAGGAGAAGGCCCUUGGUCCAGAUCAUACGUCCACCCUCAUGACAGUCAACAACCUUGGUCUUCUCUACACUGAUCAGGGCAAGCUGAAUGAGGCAGAGGGGAUGUACCAGCGAGCACUGGCAGGCAAGGAGAAGGCCCUUGGUCCAGAUCAUACGUCCACUCUCAGUACAGUCAACAACCUUGGCCUUCUCUACAAGGACCAGGGCAAGCUGAAUGAGGCAGAGGGGAUGUACCAGCGAGCACUGGCAGGCUAUGAGAAGGCCCUUGGUCCAGAUCAUACGUCCACUCUCGAUAUAGUCAACAACCUUGGUAUUCUCUACAAGAACCAGGGCAAGCUGAAAGACGCAGAGGAGAUGUACCAAACAACACCGUCAAACAGUCAGACGGUCUCACAUCUUAAUGCUAGCAAGGCACGGCGGGCUAUGGAGAAAUUCGCUCGAUGGUUUAAAUAA